UUCAGUUUUCUGAUCAUUUUUAGUAGUACUAUAAUUUUCUGGAAGAUUAUAUAAAACAUGAUAUUUGGAAUAUGUUUUCGAUAUGUAAUAGGAGAAAUUUUGGCAUUUAUAGAAUCCAUUGGCAUUUCAGUUGAAAAAUUCGACAUUUCGACAUUUACAUGUUUUAAUUUCACUUUCGAGAAUAUUUUAUAAAAAGGUUUUUAGUAAAAUUGUUUCACUAACAGAGUAAAACUACUUAUACGGAGAGACAAUAUUAAGGUCCCCCCAUACUCCUACAUCGAUAUACAAAACGGCCAUCCUUCGCGUGGUAAUUAAAUAUUGGCUAAGCAAAUUUGAGACUUGAAAAAAUCAUUAUUAAUAGAUUGUAAUUUUAGUGUGCUCCAAAGCAGAUCUAGUUGAUCGCCGUUUUAUCAGGGAAAAAUUUAGAAAAUGAUAAACUCGCGUUUAAAUUAUACAUUAGCGCUCUUUUGUUUUUUUAUAACCCGAUUUUACGUGGUCAUAUUUUUUUUCUGAUAAAGCUGUAUGGAAUUAAUUGGAGCAGAUUUAGCGUAAACUACGUAUUAAAAUCUAAUAAUGUUAAUUUUUUCAAGUCUCGAAUUUGCUUAGCCAACGUUUAAUCACCGCGCAAAGGAUGACCGUUACUAGUAUGCAUUCGUAUAUCUGUAUAGGGGUAUGGGAGGACCUUAGCAUAAGAUUGUUUAACAAUAACGAAAGAAAAUAAUGAGUUUGUGGACACCAAAACUUCAAAAUAAGAAUUGACAGAAGUUUGAAGCUGAGAGACUUCACCUUUAGACUCGGUCAAACGGUAUAAAUCUGGCAACUGUGCACGCCAUACCAAAAACCGGCAGCAACCUGCAGUGUGUGUAUCAUGUAUUCUCGACAUUCGUAUAAUAUUUUCUCGUUAACUGUCGAGCAAUCUGUUAAACAUUCAAAUUACGAAUACAUAAACGACGAUGUGUUUCCGUUACACCUACAAAAAUAAGAAAGGAUCUUGGAUCAACCAAAUUUUUUGCCCACAAAGAAAAAACAUUUUCUAUAAUAAUUAAGUGAUACCAAUUUUAAUUGUCACAUAUAUCAAUCUGAGCUGUAUGCAAUUUUUUAAAAAAAGGAUACUAUGGAAAGUUAAGAAGUUGCAAUUACAAUAAGGACUCAAUCGACCCAAUUGGCAAGCCCUUCAUGAUGCCUUUACGUCUGUCACUACUGUUUGACUGAGAAAAAAUAAAACAUUCAUUCGGCUGAGAUGUGCAGUAUGGGUUGUAUAGAUAAUGUAAAGUAGUUUGGACUUUUGGUUGUAACAAAAAAGAAAUUAAUAUUUCUCAACAGCUGUUUCAAAAGUUGCAUCCAAAACUCGAUAAAUGGGAAGACUCACAAGUGAAUUGAGUACGAGAAUGCUGCUACAAUGAUUGCACUAUGAAGAAAGAGUUCCCCCUUGUUAUCAAAAACCUAAUCAAGACUCACCUCAGAUUUUAAUAGAACAAUAGAUCAGAGCUAAGUAUCAAAGGCAAGAAUUUUGCCAUGUAGAUAAAUAAAAUCAUUAUGUCUCAGGAUUGACGAAAGGGUUUGUGAUGAAAAGAGGUAAAGAAGAUGCGAGAUAUCAUCACUCUAGGAAAUUUGUUUUAAGUGAGGCAGAUGGCAUCCUAAAGUAUUAUGUAAAAGAAAAUAAGGAACCAAAAGCAGUAUUAAGAAUAUCAGAAUUAAAUAUGUCAUAUUUAUGUUUAUCAUGAAAAUCCAGAAAUAAUAACUAAUUGGUAUUUACCUAUACAAUGAGCUGACUUACAUCGUCUCCAAGUUGCUUAUCCAGGAGCAAGUGAAUCAGAAUUAUUAUGUCAACUAACAAAAGACUUUCCAAAGGAAUGAUUUCUAUGGAAAACAGGACCAAGACAUAGUAAUGCAUAUAAAAAACGAUGGUUUACACUAGAUGGUUGCAAAUUAAUGUAUCAUGAUGACCCUAUGGAUGCUCAUCCAAAAGGAGAAAUGUUCUUAGGACAUUGUUCUGAAAGUUAUGCUGUGAAAAUAGGAGUUCCUCCAGGUGUUCGUGAUUAAGGCUUCUCGUUUACUCUUGAUACUUCAGAUCGCACUUACCUUCUCUCAGCCUAAACUGAAGAAGGUAGAUCCCAAUUGAUGAUUGUUCCCAGAGAUGGAUAGUCGAAGAACUGGACCACGUAACAAAAGUUACUCUCUAAGACAUAAACGACGCCUUGUUCAACAACAAAAUGAGAAAGAUACUAAGCGAACAGCCCUUCUCAUUGAUCAGAUACUUAAUGAGAAGAGAAAUAUUGUUAAAAAUAAUACAGCAGUUCGAGUUGUUCAAGAAAUUCAAGAGAUCAAAAAGGAAAAAAAUGAAAAUUCAAAUAAAAAUUCAGAAGUUCAAGAAAUUUUUCCUGAUCCCAAUCAGGAUGUAUCAGUUGGCAGCAUUAUAGAGGAAACAAGUGUUACUGAAACUAGUAUUGAUUUAAUAUUUGAUGAAAUAGAUGAGGCGAUCAUACAACAAGAUGAUGAAGUUACAUAUAGAUAUAGUGAUUGCGAUGAUUCUGAUUCAAAUGAAGAGAGUGAUGAAGAAUUCGAUGGCGAAUGUAAUAGUGAAGAGUCAGCCAAAGAUAUUUGUCAGAAAAUAUCUACUCAAUUGCAACAUGUAUUUGGUCAAUGGGCUAUCGAAUGCCUGAUUCCAAAAGCUGCUCAAAAGAAAUUUUUGCGAAAAUUACGUGAUGAUAUGCUGAAAUUACCUCUUGAUCCAAGAACUAUUAUUAAAGCGCCAAAACAUGGAGAAGUUCAUCUAAUCAAAGGUGGAGAGUAUUGCCAUUUUGGCUUAAAACAUGUCUUGAAGAAAAUUGUUGCGAAUAGAAUUUUUGAGAGGAUUAUAAAAAAUGAUAUAGGUUUAUUAAUAAAUAUAGAUGGAGCACCAUUAGGUAACGAUUGCGUUAAGAAUUUAUGGCCAAUUUUGUGUUCGGACACGAUAACUAGAAGAGUAUAUAUUAUUGGCGUCUAUGUUGGAAAGUCCAAACCCGAGGACGUUGAUGAAUUUUUAUAUUGGUUUGUGGAAGAUGCAAAAUUAUUCAUCAAUAAUGGAUUUGAUAUAGAUGAUAUUCAAUACAAUAUUUUAAUUGAUGGAAUGAUAUUUGAUGCUCCAGCUAAGGCAUACAUACUAGGAGUAAAAUGCCACAGUGGUUACUGCAGUUGCAGUAAAUGCGAAAUAAGAGGAACAUAUCGCGAAUGCGUUUGUUUUCCUGGAGAAGUUGGAGUUUUGCGCACAGACGACAAAUUUCAAGCCUUCGAUGUCUAUAAAAAUCAAGGGUAUCAAUUGAAGAAAACAAUAAUAUGCGAAAUCCCAAGAUUCGGCGUAGUGACUCAAGUUCCCGUGGAUCCAAUGCACCUUGUAUCUGGUAGCACGAAGAAAAUUUUUUUAAUUUUACGCUUUGCUGCUACAAAACAUAGAUUACCUAUAGCAGUUAUAGAUAAAAUUUCAGAAAUGUUUAUUGGUAUAAGUCCAUUUGUCCCUUAUGAAUUUGCUCGUAAACCAAGAGAUUUGAAAUUCAUCAAACAAUUUAAAGCAACAGAAUUAAGGCAAAUUCAAUUGUACACGGGAGUUGUUGCUUUGAAAAACAAUGUCAACGUAGAAAUCUACGAUAAUUUUGUGACACUCCACAUUAUUAUUACUAUUUACAGUAAUCCAAUACUUUGUCGCAUUCCUCAAUGGGUCGAUUACGCAGAAAAGCUAAGCACAAUAUUCGUACAACAAUUUAGAAAUCUAUAUGGAACUAGGUAUGUUUCUCACAAUAUUCAUAAUAUUCAACAUUUGGCUUUAGAUGUAAGAAGGUACGGAGAGUUGGAAAAUUUCUCAGCAUUUCGUUUUGAAAAUUUCAUCGCUCGAAUAAAACGUCUAUUGAGAAGUGGUAACAAAGUAUCGGAACAGUUGAUCAACAGGUGUUCAGAAAUCGAGAUGCUGCAAGAAAAACCAUCGUCUUUAAAUGAUAAUACAGAUUUAAGGCACAUACACACUUCAGGUCCUAUACCAGAUAGGCUGAAAGAUGCAAUUCAGUAUAAAAUAGCAGUGCUUAAAUUAUUUAAAAUCAAUUGUCAUGAUGGAAAAAACAAUUAUGUUUAUAUUGAAAACAAACAUGCUGUAGAAGUCUUGAAUAUAGUAAAAAAUAAUAGUGAUGUGUACGUAGUCGGACGUACCUUGAAAAUCAUUGGCUCACUGUACGAGUUACCAUAUUCGUCUACUGAUCUAGGAAUACAUGUUGUGAGUUCUCAGCAGAACUUAGAGUUACUAUAUUGGCACAUAAAUAGCAUUACAGCGAAAUUAUUUAUCAUGCCAUAUAAAGAAAAUUAUGUGGUAUUUCCAAUCUUGCAUACAUUUCGCUUACAAAGCUGACUGCAGGUGUAUAUAAUAAUAAUAUAGUUACAGUAACAUUUUAUCGAAAGAAAGUACAUUAAAAUUUUUAUUGUAAUAUAUCUGUAGUGGUGUAAUUUUAAUUGUAAUAUAUCUACAUCUGUCAGUGUAUCAGGAGAAUAUUUUUACUUUUUUUCUUCAAUGAAAUUAAAUGCUGAAUGUUAUCGAAAUUGAAAACGGUCCUUCACUGUCACAUAGUUUUUUAACAUAAGAAAAUAAUAGCAAUGAAAAGUUGAUGUUGUAGGUUAGGAGGUUUUUUCGUGCAAACUUUUGUACAAUAUGUAGCUGAAUCUGCUAUAAAUUUCAUGAUAAAUUGAUAUAUAUUUUUUAACUGUCUUCAUUUUAAAAGUUUGAACUGAACCAUAUUGAAAUUUGAGCUGGAAAACGACUUCUUAAAUUGUUGAUAGUUUUGAUCUAAUUAUUACAUGCGAAAUUGAAAUAAUUUAUUAUAGAUGUAAAAUCAUAAAAAAAUGUUUAGUGUAUUUCGAGAAAUGAUCUGAAGACUCGUUAUAAGCUAUAAGUAUUUUUUGAAAAUUGUCAUUUCUGUAAUAUUUCAAACGAUUGAAGACAAAAAAAAUUAAAUCAUUAGAAGAAUCUUUCCUAAUGUACAAAAAAGCCGUAAAAAUUUUGUAUUGCGUUGGCGAGUAGUUACUAAGUUUUAGUUCCUAUCAUUAGAUACCAAAAUGUCAAUGUAUAAAAUCUUACUUAAAAAAAGAUGCAAAGUUACCGAUCAAAUCCUGUUUUAUCUUGCUCCUUUUCCGUGAGGCAAAGUUGAACAAUUGAAAAUACUUGUACGUAUAUGAAAUAAUGUAACAGUCGAUUGGUUAAAAUAGUUUAUAAAAAUGUCAGCGUAAAAACCAAAUGUGUUUUCUAGAUUAAGUAAAUUAUUGUGUAGUUUGGUACCUUGUGAAAUACUAUGUAUAAAUUGGUACAAAUUUAUAAGCAUUUGUAAAAAUUAAUAAA